AGACAAACAUAUUUGUAAGAAUAUUAAUCGUCCUUCCUCCAUCCAUUGACCUAAGACAUUGCCUUCUCUGAUCUCACAAUCACAAUGUCCAGAGCCGAAAUUGAGAUUCAAUCCAUCCUUUCCGCUCUCAACUUUCUUUACCGGCGCUGCACCGAUCCCUCCACCCGCAUUACCCACAGACCCCACGGUGUGGAUUGGAUCUGCGUCGAGCGCUGCGUCUACCGUCUUCUCGUUUUGCGCGGAACCAUCGCCAUGGACGAGAAAGUUCCUGAGGAUCCUUGGGACUUGUAUCUGAACGAGUACGCGCCUACUGGUACGCGUCGUUCGAUGUCUUUAGGUCAAAGCCAGGGUCAGGUUGUUCAGAGUCCGAUCUCGAUGCCUUCUACUACUUCUGCUUCCACUACAACCGCGUCUUCCGAAGACCUGGGUCGGGGUCGUCAGCCUGCGAAUUGUGAUGGAAAGCAGCGGCAGCAGUCACAGCACCGUAUCCGUUUCCUCGAUACUCCUAGCCCUGCUCGUGAUAGAGUUCCUCGUCGCCUUCCGCUGAGCCCUGCCCCUAACGCGCGAUUCCAUUGAGUCAUUAUCGGUUACUCCAACACGCAACAUUGGGUUAGCUUGGAUUGGCUCUUGUGGUAACUUUAUUUCUGGACUGCAUAGACGCCCGUUGGCAUAUCAUAAUGCUUGGAUAGUGGUCGAGGACAAAUGUGUGUUGGAUAUGGAUAUGGGUACGAAUUUGUUAUGGCUCCUGUUUCUCUCGAUGUAUCUAUCUUGUCAAAAGUAAGAACAGCGUGACGUCUCGUGUAAACUCGUGGUAAAGGCAACUUGCAUUGUGGCA